CACCCUUUCUCUUUCAGCGUCGUGAUUGGCUGCGGGUCCAGCAGCAGGCGGUGACGUCAGGGCCAGGCCUGGCAGGGCGGGUGCGCUGCGAGCGGUCGGAUUCGCUUUGUGGUGUGAGACCCACCGGGAGUGACGUCACUGCGCCCACCUUGACGUCAGCGGCCUCUACGGGGAGAUCCGGAUUGCACGCUAAGGGUCUCUUUGUAACCUUUAUGGAUGAGCCUGAGUCUGACAGCCCGGCCAGUAUCUUGGCCUCGGUGAGAGCGCAGGAGGCACAGUUUGAGCUACUGUCUCGUGCUCUGGAAGAAGAGAGGAGACACGUCACUGCUCAGCUGGACCGGGUGUGGGUGACCCCCCAGGAGGCCACUCCCCCCCUCACCAAUGGCACCCUCACCCGUCGCCAGCAGAACGGGCGAAUAAUUCACUCCACAGAGGGGCAACGCAAAAAGUAUUCCGAUAUAAGCACUACACAGGAUCGGUCACCCUUUGUGUACUCGCCAAUAAGGAUGGAGGGCCAUGGUCUUCCUGCUGAUGAGAAUUAUGCUCUGGAUGAAGAUCAUCCCUCCUACUUGUCCUACAGUAUGUCUGAUGAGCCUCGCCACAAUGACAUUCCAAUGAAGCCUGCUGCUGGGUAUUCCCAAACAUUAGAUCGGCCAUAUCGUGAUGUAGUAGGGGGUGGAAAUGCCUACACGACAGUACCACGCAAUUACCAUUUUCGUGGACCUGGUGCAGACCCAAUGCAAAUGAUUCCACCCACGCAGCAUCCUGGCUACAGUAGCUUGUCCCGGCCAAAUAAUCGUUAUCGCACUGUUGAGCCAUACAGGGGUCCUGGGUAUGGCCCUCAGCCACAAGUCAGAGGACCCGGUUUUGGAGGUAGCCAGUCUGAUCUACUUGCGGUCAGGUAUGGAUCUGAAGAUGCGUAUGGACUGGAGGAUGAUCGCAGGAGCCUUGGAGGUUAUGUGGAUGGGCCAGAUUAUUCUACUGCUGGAAGGAGGGGUGCCAAUGGAGGAGAACAACGCAGACGAAUGAGGAGUUAUGAAGAUCAACUUGCUGAUCCUUAUGCAUCAUCUUUGCAUCCAUCUGGAAGCGUAUCCAGCCUCGGACCUGCUUCUCUCACCGUUGCCCCUAGUGGUCCUUGGCGGCAGCCAGAACUCCCAGAGGUUCUAGCUAUGUUGAGUUACACUCUGGAUGCCGUGAGACUAAAUGCUGCUGCAUACUUGCAGCAUCUGUCCUACCGUAAUGAGGAAGUUAAAAAAGAGGUGUGCCGUUUGCGUGGUAUUCCACCUCUCAUCAGUCUACUAGAGGACCCUCGGGCACCCGUCAGACUUGCAGCAUGUGGGGCACUUAAGAAUCUCUCUUAUGGCCCUGCCCGGGAGAACAAAAUGGCAGUAAAGAACUGCGAUGGAGUGCCUGCACUGGCAAGAUUGUUGCGCAGGAGAGGUGACGGCCGGGAAGGAAGAGAGAUGGCAGAGUGCGUCACUGGAACUCUCUGGAAUUUAUCCUCUCUGGACUCCAUAAAGAUGGAGCUUGUGGACCAAGCCCUGUACACUCUGACCCAGGAGAUUCUGGUUCCAUAUUCUGGUUGGCAGAGAGAUAAUGGAGCAGUGAAUACAGAGGAAGGUAAAUCCAGGCAUAUUGAGUGGGAACCAGCUCUGGUUAAUACAACAGGAUGUUUGCGAAACAUCUCAUCUGAACGCUCUGAAGCACGCCGGAAAAUGAGAGAGUGUGAGGGGCUGGUGGAUUCGGUAGUUCACCUGUUACGCUCAGAGGUUGGCCAUGGGCAAGUUGACAGCAAGCUUGUGGAAAAUGUGGUGUGCCUGCUUAGGAACCUUUCUUACCAUAUCCAUCGUGAGAUACCACAGGCUGAGAAGUACCAAGAAAACCCACAAGUUACAAAUGCUGAUCCACAGAACCCCAGUUGCUUUGGGGUGCGUCGUGGUAAAGGUAAGAAGGCUUCUGAAGAGACUGCAGACACUGUGGAUUUUCCAAAGAGAUCAACCCCAGCACAAGGUUAUGAACUCCUUUUCCAGCCAGAGUUAGUACGUCUCUAUGUUUCUCUCGUCAAGCUCUCACACACACCUGCAGUCCUGGAAGCAGCAGCUGGUGCCAUUCAAAACCUAUGUGCUGGAUCCUGGAUUUAUGGCCGCUGUAUUCGUGCUGCUGUCCGUCAGGAGAAAGGUCUCUCGUCACUUGCUGAUCAUCUGAACCAUGAGAGUGAGCGUGUUGUACGCGCCGUUUGUGGAGCACUACGCAACCUUUGUGGAGACAGCCGGAACAGAGAGCUGAUUGGUAAGCAUGCUCUAAACAGUUUAGUGGCGCGUCUACCCUCCACUGGUCAGUCUCAAACGGUUUCAGAGGAUACAACAGUGUCUGUACUCGGCACUAUUCAGGAAGUAAUCACUGGGAACUUAGAGGCAGCCAAGAAACUGCGGGAGAGCCAAGGAAUUGAGAGACUUGUACUCAUCAACAAGGGAGGUGGCUUGUCUGAUCGAGAGAUGCGUGCGGCUGGCCUUUGCCUUCAGACUGUAUGGGGUUUUAAAGAGCUCCGGAGACCACUGGAAAAAGAGGGAUGGAAAAAAACUGACUUCCAGGUGUCCUUUCCAGGCACAAAGAGAGCUCAGGGCUUUGAUGAUAGCACUCUCCCUCUAAUGGACCGAAACCAAAAGAAUGAUAAAAAGUCUGAGAAUGUUGACAUUCCCAUGAAUGAGUUCAGAUCAGAACCAUAUCCACACAAUGGGGAAAAUAGCACUCGUCACCUAAACCGCUCUGGAGAUCUCUCGGAACUGGAACCUCUCAAAGAGAGAUCUUUCAGUGCUGGGGGCUCCUUGGAUCUUGGGGAUGCUGAGGACCAACCAGUCUAACUCUUCAUCUUUCGCAUGUGGUGAUGCUCAUGCUUGAGUGAUCUUCACGGAGAUACUGGACCAGGGACGCUUCAUCUUUUACCCCUCACUGCCUGUCUUUCCCAAUCUCAAACCCCCUCCCCUCGUCUCUCUGCUGAAUUCUGGAGAUAAUUUGUGGACUGUAAAUUACUGUGACCAUUACGGAAUACUGGGACACGAGGCGCAGGAGACGCGAUAACACUGGAAUAUCGCAAUAGUAACAGACUGACAGUGUAAAUAUGGGAACACUAACAUAUCAUGAUAUGGCUGAUACUGCGACACUAACAGUCUUUCAGGACAGAUAAUUGUGGUGCAAUUGUUCUGGCACCACCUACUUCUGAUUUUUAUAGGCUUAUUUUUUUUUCCUGGGUGAUUUGGUUACAUGUUCCUCUUAUGACACACUUAAUUUUAUAUUUUUGUUUUGCUCCCCCUUUUUUUUUGUUUUUUUUUUGUUUGUUUGUUUUUUCUUUAUCCCCCCCCCCUUCCCUUUUCUCUGAAUCACCAGUGGCCUUUUCUUGGGGGAUAAAGGGAGGUGGCUGUGUAAUGGAGUCCCCUAACCCAACCCCAUCUUGCUUCCCUCCAGACCUUUUCAUAACAAUCUGAUGCCAAGGAUUGUGUUUUUUAUAAAUAAAAUUUUUAAGACAAUCGUAAUAAAAAGAAAA